AUGCGAUUGACCGUCGAGCUCAUCCAGAACUCCAUCUCUUAUAUCAACCCUGUCAAGGAUCGCGAGCUUGACCUCCGAGGACACAAGAUUCCCGCGAUUGAAAACUUGGGUAUUGCAAAGGACCAAGAUGCAAUCGACUUUACAGACAACUCCAUUACCUCCCUCGGAAACUUUCCCUUCUUCCCUCGCCUUCAGACCCUCCUUCUCGCGCGGAAUCGGAUCAAGCAAAUCCAGCCGACGCUGGCGUCGUCGGUUCCCCAUCUGACCACGUUGGUCUUGACAUCGAACAACCUGACAGAAUUGGCGGAUUUGGAUCCUUUGCGGAAUUUGGCGCGGUUAACACAUUUGACCAUACUCGACAACCCCGUUACUAGGAAAGAGAACUACCGGUAUUGGGUUAUCUGGAGAGUUCCCUCUGUUCGGUUCCUCGACUACCAGAAAGUGAAAGACGUCGAACGUACCAAAGCACAGGAACUCUUUGGCACCGCCAAGGAACCCUCUGCGCUUGCAUCCAAGAUCAUGGGCAUCAAAUCUCGCACCUUCGACGUGCCUUCCGGAGGCGUUGCGGAUGAAGCGCAAGGAGACAAGGCAGUCCGGGUGAAGUUGACCGAUGCGGAACGGAAGCGAGUCGAGAAGAUGAUCCGGGAGGCAAGGAGCUUACAAGAAAUCACGCGGUUGGAGAAGGAACUGAAUGAGGGCCGGAUACCCGGAGGGGCUUUGGAUAUGGCAGAAGCGGAGGAUGCGGACAAGAUGCAAACGUGA